AUGACCGAGCGAAGCCUCUCCAUCGACAAUGACAGCGAUAUGGAUGAUGUCAAUGCGCCAGGAAAGCCAGGACGCAAGAAGAACCCAAACUCCCAGGCAGCCAGGCGGGACCAAAACCGCAUCGCACAGCGCGAGUUCCGUCUGAGAAAGCAGCAAAAGAUUCGCGAUCUGGAGACCCGUGUCGAAAUUCUUUCAGGCGGCGCCGACAAAGCUGUAACUGAAAUGCGCAAUAUGCUCAAAGACUUGAUGGAAGAAAACCAGACGCUUCGCACUCUGCUUCGUAGUCUUGGGGCAUUCAUUGGCGAGGGCGCUGGAGGCCUCCUCCCCAAACUUGGCUGGGAUCUUCAGGACUUCAACAAUUUUAUUAAUAGGUCAGAAACAGACACCGCCUGGCAAGGUUAUCAGCGUCGCAAAAAGGUCAGCGACCCUGUCUCUAUUGGACAGAAGCGCACAGCCGAUGACGAGCCAAGUUCAUCGUCGCGCAAGAAGACCCGUCCAGAAGACCCGGAUCCAAAUGGUUACCUUAUGAACACCCCACUCCCCAACACCAUGUAUGGUCGCGCUGACAAUCCCAACCUCUUUACUGACCUGAUGCGCAACGGCUCGAAUGGGUCGCCCAUAUUCAGCAAUCCCUCGCCAACCUCCAACCAACCAGGAGCAUUUGCGCCUCCAGUUCAGUCCGGUUAUCCGUCAUCGUACCUCCCCGCUAUGGGCGUUGACACGAACCUCCCUCCCAUGAAUUUCUCCUCCACCUCCACAACCCAAACUCCUAUUCAGCCGCCGCCGCCUCAAGCAACCCCAAGUCAGUUGUCGGCGGAACAGGUUGAAGACGAUGACGAUCCGAAUAAGAGCGAGGCAUAUAAGCUCAUUCAUUAUCACCUGGAUAACUACAAGCGCAACACCAAUUACUGUUUACCAUCUUCGUUGCGACCGACAUUGGUACAACGUACUGUCCCGCAUGAAAGUGUGAUUGACCGAAUUCUCCAUCCUGAGCUCAGAGAUCGCAUGAUUCUUCUCAGAGGUCGUUUCGACCUUGUCGACUGCUUGCUGGACUACCGCAAUGCUGUCACGAUUCAUGGAGACGAUGUGCUUGCACACACCAACUGGGAAAUCAGCGAGAAGUGGCUUCGGCAAUAUGCAUUCUUGGUCGAUCCUGCAACACUCAACGUUGUCAACCGUUGGCGAAGAGAGCGGGCCGAGCUUGAGCUUCGUCUUGCUGAUCUUACGAGUGCGGAGAAUACUCCUGCAGCUACUUGA